AUGGCGCCAUCGACGCCUCUCCCGUUCUCUUCGGACUUCAGAUCCGCAGACGAGUACGUGGACUCCCUCCUCCAGUUUUCUGCGGCCUCGACUAUCUUCCAGACCCUCUGUGGAGGUGUCCAUAUCCUCGAUUUCUUCACCCGAGAGCCCAGUCUCUACCACACCGUCAUCCCCGCCGAAUGGAGGGAGUGGCUACUGGCACGUGACUCGAUGAAUCUUCUCGAUUUCCUCAUGCGAGAUGAUCUGGCAAAGGGCAGGGACGAUGACCCGCCCGAGAGCUUGGUCAACUACAUCAGGGAUAUCAGAAAGCACUCGUUGCAGAGGGAAGUUCCGCCCGAGAGGCAGCGGGGGGGGACGAAGUUGCCGCGGCAUGUCGCCGUGGGUAUGAUCCCGAAGAAGAUUCACGAGGUCGGCAACUUUGCGGACUACGUUGUCAGAGUUGCGGAGUCUGUGCAUGAGAAGACUGGGAAGGGUAUCACGCACUAUGUCGACUUUGGAAGUGGGCAAAACUACCUCGGACGGACGCUGGCCAGCCCGCCGUACAACAAGCAUAUUGUUGCGGUGGAGUCCAAGGAGCUCAAUAUCAACGGCGCGAAAAAUAUGGACGUGCUGGCAGGGGUCGCUGAGAGGGAGGUGGUGAUGCGGAACAAGAAGGUGUAUCGGAUGGUGCAGGAUAGUAUGACACCUGCUGAACAGAUGAGCGACAAGGCCUUGCGGAGGGUGGCAAAGCCACAGAAAGCACCGCCGAUGAAUACGGUUGAUCUGAGACCCAGCAAGGACUUGGCUACGAUAUAUACCCCUGCUGACGGGAAGGGGUAUAUCCAGUACGUCGAGCAUGUCGUGCAGGAUGGGGACCUGUCGGACGUCGUGGAGCAGAUUGGGAAGAUGAAGAUAGCUGCGCCGACCGGACAGCUCCAAGUCGUCAAUGCAGAUGCCGAGAAUCCCAAAUUACCCGAGGUCAUCGAGGAUAUCACAAAUUCCAAGGACGAGGAGACUCGUCUGAUGGCCAUCUCUAUCCAUUCUUGCGGUAAUCUCUCUCACCACGGAAUCCGCUCACUGUUGCUCAACCCUUCAGUGCACGCUAUUGCCAUCGUGGGCUGCUGUUACAAUCUAUUGACAGAACGCCUCGGCCCCCCGACUCUCAAACUUCCCUUGCUUCGUCCAAACCUCCGUGCGAUCAAUGGGACCGGUCCAUUUCAAAAGGCUACAUCUUGCGAUCCUCAUGGGUAUCCGAUGAGCGAGAAGGUGGCGACCUACAAUGGCGAUGGCGCACGGCUCAACAUCACUGCACGCAUGAUGGCCGUCCAAGCCCCUUUGAACUGGACCGAGAAGGAAAGCGAUGCCUUCUUCACACGGCAUUUCUACCGGGCGCUUCUGCAGAAAGUCUUCCUCGACUUUGGUGUCGUCAAAAAGCUACGGGCAAAUCAGGAAGAUGGCGAACCAUCCAACAAUCUCGAAAGCACAGAGCCCGUCAUCGUGGGCUCUCUCCGCAAAGGCUGCUACGGUUCCUUCAAGUCCUACGUGAGAGGUGCACUCGAGAAGCUGGCGAGCGAUCCCGUGCGAGACGGUAAGAUCAACGAGCAGAUGAGAGGGAUCACGGACGAGCAGAUUGAAGAGUACGCCGCGAGGUACGGGAAGCUCAAGCGGGAAUUGAGCGUCAGCUGGAGUCUGAUGGCCUUCAGUGCGGGUGUGGCCGAGAGCCUGAUCGUGACGGAUCGAUGGCUUUGGUUGAAGGAGCAGCAGGGUGUCAGUGAUGCGUGGGUCGAGGCCGUCUUUGAAUAUGGGCUGAGCCCUAGGAAUCUCGUCGUGGUCGGGAUCAAGGCGUGA